ACCACCUGGUGGCUGCUUUCCUUUCCGCGCCAUAUAUGGCCUGGCAGGGGGGGGUCACAUGCAUCCCGGGCCGCCGGCCCGGAGGGGUCGCUGGGGAAGGGGCAGACGGCGGGAGAACAGGGGAGGGGGUCGGAGGCAGAGACAGGAGAGGGGUGGGGUGGCGGAUUCUGGGGCCAUGGGAGGCAGCAAAGGCUCGAGGAGCUGAGCGCUCACCACCGCGCCAUGGAGCUGCACUCAUGCGGCUGCGGAGGUGGUGGUGGAGGAAGGGACCCACGCGGGGGGCGGGGGGGGGGGGCGAACGCGUCGGAAGCCAGAGAGCGCCGUGUCCCUGGGCUCUGUCGGUCAGCGGGCGCGGGCCGGCAGGAUGGAGCCGCAGCACGUGCGCCCCAUGCUUGGAUCCCAGAGCCCAGCCUGGGAGGAACCGGGGCUGCUGGUGUAUCACCAUCAUCCCCAACACUCCUGUUCAGAAGAUGGGUGAGGAAAGUGGAAAGUCUAAUCAGUCAGCCGAUGACCAGUGGGAAAAAUGAGCUACAAGAUCACCUGAUCUUCAUCAGUGAGAAAGCUUUGCACAAGAGGCUAUUUCAGAAAGAGAAUGGCGAUGAAGGAGAGACCAGACCAACAGAGAAGGAAGAGGGAAUCCUUUCUCAUGAAAAAGAAAGAAGGAAAUGGUUCUGGAGAAGGCACAGGUCUGCUAGAAAUACUUCAACCCAAAAUUCCAAAAUGACCAAGAAGAGAUCAAAAAUAAAUGAACUAGAAGAACUGAAAUUGGAUAUGAGGAAGAUCAGCAAUGACAUGGAGGAAAUGUGUGGAAUCCUGAACCUUUACAUGUAUGAGGAUUUGAACUACAGGAUGAACACUGAAUUCAACAUCAUUAAAUCACAACAUGAGAAGACAAUGUUGGAUAUGAAUAAAAUGAUCCAGUCCAUAAUUGGUUCCAUGCAGUAUUCCAAGGAACUGAUAGAAGAUAACUAUUCCUACAGCAUUAAGGAGGACCACCUCCUCCGUGAGUGCACUCAACUCAACGAAAACGUAAGGAUAUUACUGAAUGAGAACAGAAGGCUGCUGGUGGAGCAGGCUGGCCAUAAGUGUCCUGUGGGGAAGAAAAGAGGUUCUCUGAGGAGGCCAGCAAGAACAUCUGUGUCCCAAGUUCCAAGGAACAGCAGUCCAGCAGAAAGCAGAACAUGGCACAGACCACGACAUGAUCUCCCUCAAAGAGAAGUGCUGGAGGAAGAGCACUGA